ACUGCAGUGAAUGUCAGUAAUAAACACUGUGUGGAAGAGCUUCGGAUAGCCUCCUCCACUGUUUCUAAUAGAUACCCUCUUAUCUCCUGAAAGCAGAUGGAUUUCCUUCAUGUCAAAUGCGCCAUAACUGUGCAGUGUUAUUGGUGCAUUCCUCAGACUGACGCGGUUCUCUAUCGACCGUGUGAUUAUUCUGAGUCAGUCACAAAGAAGGGGAAACCUGGAGGUCAGGAGGACUUUGGAAAUGCUCUUAAGCUCAAAAGAACAGUGAAUACAUAAUGAGAUGUUAAGGAUGAUUGGCAGCACGAGUGGUAACAUCCUAGCUGGCCUGACUCUAAAAGGAUGCCCCCUGGUUUAAUCUUAGGGGCCUUCCUCCUCUUGGCCACAUCGAGUGCACAUGCUAUUUGUCGACCGUGCCUAUAUUCAGUCCUCCAGUCUGCUGGUCUGCAAGUGAACUGCAGCUCUUCACGCCUCGUGGAGCUGCCUCCUCUGCCCUCACACACCACAGAGCUCCAUGUGCAGGACAAUCGGCUCACCUCGGUGUCUCCGGGCCUGUUUGACAGACUGGUUGGUCUGAAAAAGGUCUCACUGUCCGGGAACCCCUUCCACUGUGACUGCAGGAUCCAAUACCUGAGGAACUGGCUGCUGAAGAACAGAGCUGUCGUAUCGAAGGAGCCCACUUGUGCCAGUCCGAGCUCUGUGGCUCAGAAGGCCAUCACCGACCUUACAGAUGACUACUUCUCCUCCUGCGGCCUGCCGAGCUGCACCAGUGGGACUUACAACGCAGCGAUGGGAGCGAUGCUGUGCUGCGUCAUUGCUCUGCUUCUGUGGAGCUUGAAACUGGCCAAAUCGUCUACCUUCACUCUGUACAUAAUCAACAGACACGUGGGACUCGAGGCCGACUCUCUACGCUCACUGAAGCCCAAACACAGAAGGCGGUUGCACACUGCACUGUCAGGAGUCAGUGCGGACUUGAAUUCUUUCAGUUGCACACAGGAACUAGAAGGGCCUCAUGUCAGCAUGGAGUUACUGCCACAAGUUCUGGAUGCGUUGCACAAGAAGCACAAAAUAAAGAUAAAGGCAACCUGAGCAACCUCUGUCUCCUCCAGGA